UUGCCACCAUGAAGCACGCCUGGGAAAAGGGUGUUCUCGAGGGUCAUGCGGAAGGCGUUAGGAACGGGCAGACCAAAAUGCCCAGCAAAGCCCAGACAGGACCCCCGGCAGUAAAAGCACUUUCUGACCCCAUGCAAAGUUCUGGUUCAUUGGAUCACCCCGCAAAGAAGCCCCUCCCCAUCGGCGGCCAGCAGCUGAGCGGGGGUGCGCCGAACCCCCUGCUCCUGACCCCAGCCAGCCUCCAGCUCGCCCAGCUUCAGGCCCAGCUCACGCUCCACAGGCUGAAGCUGGCCCAGACGGCCGUCGGCACCAACACCGCAGCGGCCGCCACCGUUCUGAACCAGGUGCUGUCCAAUGUGGCCAUGUCCCAGCCCUUCUUCAACCAGCUGAGGACCUCCAGCAUGGUCACCACGGGCGGGGCCCAGCUGGGGCCCGGGUUCCCCCCCAGGCCUCUGGCCUUCCCUGCGCAGGCCCCCGCUCUUGGGACAUUGGUCGGGGGUGGGUUUGGCUGCGGGGGGGCCCCCCAGAACCCGAACCCCGGAGGGGUGAGGCUGAACUGUUACGGCGGUGGGUCCCCUCAGCCGCCCAGCCAGCACGCCCCAGAGUACAGGAAGAAGGCGGGCAUGGCGGGCGGCACGACGUUCCCCUCUGACACUGACAGGCGCAUGCAGUUCGGCUUUGCAAGCGGGGCGCCCAAAAGUGUCGAGGGGCUGCACGUGCCUGUCGGUGCCCAGACGGAGGCUGGGAGCCAGGCCGGGUUCCAAAGAGACUACUUUGGGGUGGACGGGCAGGGUCAGAACCUUGGUGCAUUCCCUCCGGCGGCCACCCACAAGGAGCAGCAGUGGCAAAACCCUGCCGGGUUCCCCCAUGCGGGGCAGCUGGACGUCCCCUCCAGCGCAGGCGGCACCUGGGCGACAGUGCGCCAGCCGCCGUUCCAUGCGAGGGGUGAGCUCUAUAACCCGGAGGAACCCACUGCAGAUCCCAAAUUUAACCCCGCCGGGGGGUCAGCCUACAGCACCGGAGUCCAGGGGUUUGAGGGUUAUCAGCAGGUCCAGCCAGGGGACGAAGCCCUUUCGGGGGGCCCGCUGACCCUGCAGCCCCACCAGCUAAAUGACUUCCAUGCUGUGACCCCGUCACACCUGCCACACCAGUGCUCCAUCUGUGAGAAGAAGGUGUACAACCUCAAGGACUGGGAUCAGCAUGUGAAGGGGAAACUCCACUUGCAGAACCGCGCGCUCUACGCCGAGGGCCCGACGGUUGGAUCCACUCUCUUUCCAGCGUCUGCUGAAGGAUGUCUGAACUCCACGUUAACUAACUCCAUGGCUUAUUCUUCUGCCAGCAAUCAAGAAAUAUCCUCUGGAAACAACUCCACAUAUUUACAUGCUGCACCAAUGACGGCACACCCCUUGUCAGGACCUGGAUUUACUUUGACAGGAUCAAAGUUUCCCCCAAGGAAGACCAGCCCCGGCCGAGUCGUCCACAUCUGCAAUCUCCCAGAGGGUAGCUGCACCGAGAAUGAUGUCAUCAACCUGGGCCUUCCGUUUGGCAAAGUCACCAAUUAUAUCCUCAUGCGAUCUACGCACCAGGCUUUCCUGGAAAUGGCCUAUGUUGAGGCAGCCCAGGCUAUGGUGCAAUACUACCAGCUGAAACCGGCCACAAUAAAUGAGCAGAAGCUUUUGAUCCGAAUGUCAAAGCGGUACAAGGAGUUACAGCUGAAGAAACCAGGGAAGGAUGUGGAGUCUAUUAUCCAAGAUAUUAAUUCUCAGAGGGAAAGACAUGAGAAGCAGGAGAUUGACUGCUACCCGCCGGACCGCCCCAGGUCCCGGAGCCCCGUGAGCCGAUCCCUGAGCCCGCGGUCCCACAGCCCAAGCUUCACCUCCUGCAGCUCCGCCCACAGCCCCUCAGGGCCCUGCCGGGGCGAGUGGAGCAACAGCCAGGGCGGCCGCCGCUGCUCCUGGGACUGGUCCUCCCACAUGCGCCGGGGGGCGGAGGAGGAGCGGGACGAGCCCUGCUGGAGGAACGGGGAUGAGGACAGGCCAAAUGGGAGGCUCCUGGCGGACUGGCGCAAGCCCUACUUCAAGCCGGCCGACAGGAUGAGCCCCCGGCCGGUGGAGGAGAGGGGGAGCAGGGACAGGUACCCCAGGGGCAGCCCUCAGGGCCCGCCCUUCCCACCGUACAGAGGCAAAGAGGAGGAGUUUUACAAGAAGGAGGCGGCCUACAAGUCUGACAAGCCUCCGCGGCAGGCCUACCCACGGCGCGAGGUGAGGGCAAAGAGGAGGGAUGUGCCAGAGCGCCACAGGUCCCGACACUCGGAGUCAGAGACGCUGGAAGAUUCUGCAGCCGCGAAGACCCCCGAGGACAGGAAACAGGCGUCCCCAGCAAGAGGGACGAGCAAGAAACUCACCAGGAAACAGGAAAAGGAGGUUGGAGGAUCAGAAAACAAUGAAGAAGAGGUUGAGGAGAAUCGGUCAAAAGAGAAGUCAGGAUCUCCUCAGAGUUCGUGUGAAAACGUGGAGGCAGCUGAGGCUGAGGGAGAUGACUGGGAGAGCGGGGAGGACACGGAGGGGGAGAUCUGGUACCCAGGAAACAUGGAGGAGCUGGUGACAGUGGACGAGGUGGGUGAGGAAGAGGACUCCAUCAUCGAGCCUGACCUCCCGGACCACCAGGAAGAGGCUCCCGUCAAAAACGAGGCCGGGGAGGCCUCAUGGGCAGAGGCCUGUCAGGGUUCGGAGAGGGAAGACGUCCAGGAGCAGGAGGCGGCCCGGGAGGAGGGCCCCGGGUUCGCGACCCCUCUGCAGGAGAAAGCCGACAGCGCUCCGCCUGAAAUCGGCCCUGGAGGCCCGCCCACCUCAACUGUCACUGAGCGGCAGGACACCUCCGACCUCAGUGCCUUUCCCAGCCCGGCAUUCCAGGCGGUAUUUGACGAGGCGUGUGCCUGCAUGGGGGUGGACACGCCCCUUGCCCCGGCACCACAGGAUGCCCUAGCCAAUCACAGAGACGCGUGCCAGGAUGGUAGGCCCUCGGACAUCCUCAGUGACUGUGAAACUGGAGGGCCGCUGCUGAUUGCUGACACGGUCACUAGCGACACUCAGCACAAGGGUGAGCCCUCGGGGGAAACGCCAAGGAAAGACGUUCACAGUACUUCACUAAGAGAGUCCCCCCGGCAGCAGGACUUUGAAGUGACCACAGCUGGCUCCCCGCUAUGGGAGCAGGAGAAAGUCCUCGGUGAGCACAGCAUCCCGCUUGGGGUGGAGUUCAUCGUGCCCAGGAGUGGCUUUUACUGCAAGCUGUGUGGCCUGUUCUACACCAGCGAGGAGAAGGCCAAGAUCGCCCACUGCAGGAGCACUGUACACUACAGAAACCUGCAGAAGUAUCUGUCCCAGCUAGCAGAAGACAGCUCGCCCUCCCAGAGCUUACACACAGAACCUUCAUGUGCCGAGUAG